AUGGAAGAGACAAAUGGUGGAUUAAUCAAAUUGAUGUGUUGUGUUAAGACUUAUGACUGGGGUCGCAUUGGUAGUGAAUCUACUGUUGCACGUCUGUAUUAUAGAAAUACUGGAAUUAUUAUUAAUAAAGAUGAGCCUUAUGCUGAGUUUUGGAUGGGCACACAUGAGUCUGGCCCAUCAUAUGUUUUGAAAGGAGCUGACAAUGGUGAAAAGUUGACGUUGAAGGAGUGGAUUGAGAGAAACCCAACUAGUGUUCUUGGAGAUAUUGUUGUCAAUAAGUGGGGUACCGACUUUCCUUUUCUCUUCAAGGUAUUAUCUGUUGCCAAAGCUUUGUCCAUACAGGCCCAUCCAGACAAGGAUUUGGCCACUUCUCUGCAUAAAGAGCAGCCAUCUGUUUACAAGGAUGACAAUCACAAACCCGAGAUGGCUUUGGCGCUGACUCAAUUUGAAGCUUUAUGUGGGUUUGUCAGUCUGGAGGAGCUCAAGGUGAUUGUUCGUACUACACCCGAGAUUGUGGAAGUGAUUGGUAAUGCAAAAGCAGAGCAAGUUUUAAACUUUAAUGAGGAUGAUGGGAAGGAGGAAGUUAGAUUACUGCUACGAUCAGUAUUUACUGAUGUAAUGACAGUUCGCAAGGAUGUGACUGCCGAAGUGUUAUCCAAGCUGAUUAAUCGCCUAAACGUUGAAGACCAGGCGAGGCUUCUAACUGACAAAGAACAACUGAUUCUACAACUUGAGAAGCAGUAUCCAGCUGAUGUUGGUGUCUUAGCUGCAUACUUGUUAAAUUAUGUGAAGCUCAACCCUGGUGAAGCUUUAUAUUUGGGCUCAAACGAACCUCAUGCAUAUUUAUAUGGUGAAUCUGUUGAAUGCAUGGCGAAUUCAGACAACGUAAUACGUGCCGGUCUAACCCCAAAGCACCGAGAUGUUAAGAUACUCUGUUCAAUGCUCACAUACAAACUGGGCUUUCCUGAAAUUCUGAAGGGUACUGUGGUUAAUCCAUACACAAAGAGAUACCUCCCUCCUUUUGAUGAAUUUGAGGUGGACCGUUGCAUUCUUCCCCAAAACUCAACAACUGUAUUUCCUUCCAUUCCCGGUCCUUCCAUUUUUUUGGUCAUGGGGGGCAAGGGAACGAUGACCACAUCAUCAGACGAGGUAGUUGCUGAAGGUGAUGUCUUAUUUGCAUCUGCAAAUACCAAGAUUACUGUUGCAACCUUGUCUGGUUUACAUCUAUAUAGAGCAGGAGUUAGCAGCAGGUUGUUUGGGUUGCAUAAAUAGUGUAUUUUAUUUUAUUCAACUCUAGCUAGGAUUUUGAUCAGAUACCAGGAAUAUAAUCUUGCUGUAUAAUGCGCAUCUACACAGAGAAAUUUGUUGUGUCAAGGUGAUAUUAGUGGUAGAUGAAUUCUUCUCGGGUAAA